AUGGCUCGUUAUAAUCCCUUUUCCUUCACCCCUGGACCAGUCGUCUUCUUCACUACCGUCAUAUACGUCGGUCUCUUUGCUGCCCUGCUCGUUACCCACCUCACCGUACCGGAUUAUCCGUCGGACCCUCCGGCAGGCAUCAAUCUCACAGAGGCUUGGGCUGACCUCGAGCACAUCACCAGACGUUUCCACCCGUACAACAGUCAUGCUAACGAUCAUGUACGCGGAUAUCUGCUAUCGCGCAUCCAAGGCGUCAUCGCCACCAAGGCUUUGGAUGCCAGUCAAGUUGAGGUAAUCGAUGAUUUGACCUCCAACGCGACCUUCUCGUCUGGUGCGACUUCCGUCUAUUUCGAGGGCACUAAUAUCAUUGUCGUUAUCCGCGGCUCCGAGGAUGACGAGCCUUUCAACUCCACUGAUCGUAAACCAAACAAUGGCGGAGUCUUGGUCAAUGCUCACUAUGACUCGGUGAGCAGUGGCUAUGGGGCGACUGAUGACGGUGUGGGCGUUGUGACAGUACUGCAGCUGUUGUCCUACUUCACCGAGUCCCAUAACUGGCCCAAGCGAACCAUCAUCCUCUUGCUCAACAAUGGUGAAGAGGACUUUCUCAAUGGCGCCAAAGCAUUUAUGCGAAACCCGAUAUCCCAGGUUCCCCACACAUUUGUCAACCUCGAGGGUGCAGGUGCCGGCGGCAGAGCUACCCUGUUCCGAAGCACCGACACCGAAGUGACGCGUUUCUACAGCAAAUCCAAAUAUCCAUUUGGAACCGUCGUGAGCGGUGAUGGAUUCAAAAAGGGGCUGAUUCGCAGUGAGACUGAUUACCGCGUCUUCCAUGGCGAACUUGGUCUACGGGGCUUGGACAUUGCCUUCAUGGAACCUAGAGCGCGUUAUCACACAGUCGAAGAUUCCACACGUGAGACAUCCAUGAACUCGCUCUGGCACAUGCUCUCUGCGGCCCUGGCCUCGACAUCUGGACUAGCAGCUGUCACUGGCGAAGAGUUCAGCGGCUCCGAAAGCCUCGACAACGGCAGAGUCAACGCAGGCAGGGGCAGUGAUGGUGUGUGGUUUGAUCUUUUUGGCAGAGUUUUUGUUGUCUUCCAGUUGCACACGUUGUUUGCUCUAUGCGUUACUUUGCUAGUUGUGGCACCCAUCGCUCUCAUCGGCUUAACAUUCGGGCUGUCAAAAGCCGACAAGAACUACCUCCUUGCUCGUAAAGCCUUCGUCUACUCCUCAGAUGAUGACAAUCCAGUGCAACUAUACGGUUGGCGUGGCUUCUUUCGAUUCCCCAUCGUCUUUGUCAGUGCUACGGCUGUCGUCGUCGCCCUGGCGUAUCUGCUUGUCAGAUUCAAUGCGUUUAUCAUUUACAGUAGCCCUUUUGCUGUGUGGAGCAUGAUGCUUUCGGCCUGGUUCUUCGUCGCCUGGUUCUUCUCGCGAGGAGCAGACGCCAUGCGGCCAUCUGCACUCCAGCGCAUGUACGCCUUGAUCUGGCUGUUCAUCGGCUCAUUCGUCUUAUUGACUAUCAUCACGGUCUUCGUCAAUAACUACCAAGUUGUUGCCGGUUACCCGGCGCUCUUUUACUUUGCCGUUGUCUUUGCCGCCCUCAUGCUCUCAUAUCUCGAGCUCUUCUUUGCCCCGACAAAGUCUGCCUAUGCGCGCCACUUCGAACACGAUACAAGUUCACGCCGUAACUCGGAGUCUGCCAGCCGACCCCUCACAGGCAGCACCACAGCGGCACGGUCUGAUGAUCGACCCGUGGCAGACGAUGACGCGACAGAGACCACGUCACUUUUACGGGGUGACCGACGUGGAUUCACGCGGUACGGCAGCAGACGGGACUCCACUAGCGAGGGCGAUGAGGAUCACGCACAAGGAUCCCGGCGCCUCGAUCUCGGAAACGUGUACCCUGGGGAACAAGAGUGGAGCGGCAAAUUACCCAGUUGGAUCUGGAUUAUCCAGCUUCUACUUCUGGCCCCAUUGGUCAUCGUAUUGGUAGGACAGGUCGCGCUUCUUUUGACGUCAGCCCUCUACCAAACCCCUUCAGACGGCAAUUCGCCCUUGUUCAUCUACCUUGCCAUCGCAGCACUCAGUGUCUUGUUGCUCGCACCUACAGGCCCUUUCAUUCAUCGCUUCACGUACCACGUCCCCACCUUUCUCUUCCUGGUAUGUCUUGCGACGGUCAUAUACAAUCUUGUCGCAUUUCCAUUCAGCAGGGAUCAUCGCUUGAAGGUGUACUUUGUCCAGCGAGUCAACUGCGAGACUGGUGCCAACACCGUAUCCUUGACUGGACUAGACAGCUACGUGCAGCGCAUUGUGGGCGAGUUACCCAGUGCGCAGGACCAGCCGCUUAAUUGCACGACGCCGGAUGUUGCGACACGUAAAGAACUCAAGACAUGUGAGUGGGAAGGCCUGCCCGCCAAAGUCGUCCCAAACGCAGCGGGUGCAGCGCCAUUCGGCAACGAAACCAAUACUGACCGCUGGCUUGAAUACUCGAUACAUAAGGGCAAUCGCUCGAACAAAGCCACGAUACGCGUUGUUGGUCUGAAUACGCGAGCGUGUCGUAUCGUGUUCGACUCGCCGAUCACCGGGCUGGCCGUUACUGGCGCCGUUUCAGAUCCUCGCUUCAAACCCGUCGGUGCAGCGGGCUCCCGGGAAGUGCGACUCUGGCAUCGUGAAUUUGGUCAGCCCUGGAACGUCGCCCUGACUUGGGACGCCGAAGAACAUGCCAAGCUUUCUGGAAGAGUCGUGUGCUUGUGGUCGGACGCGAACACAGGCAGCAUCCCUGCGUUCGAUGAAGUACAGCACUACCUACCUGUGUGGGCGAUUCCUUCCAAAAUCAGUGACGGAUUGGUCGAGGGCUUUAAGCAAUUCGAAAUCUGA